CUUUGCACUAUAAACAAACCUUAAACCUCUCUUCUUCUCUCAGUAAAACCCUCAUUUCUGUUUCUCUUUUCACUUUUAAGGAAAACCCUAGAAUCCUCAGAAAUGGCGUUGAGCACCGUGUUUCGUCGAGCUUCGUCAACAGUAGCCAAUCUUGCUUUCCGUGCGGGUAGAUCUCCGGUUAGCUUCCGCAGUGGCGCUGUCUCCGUCGAGAGGCUGAUUCGUGGUAGCCACCAGAUCAGGCGUGGAUCGGUUAGUUCAUUCUCAGUCUCGAGCUUUUCGACGGAAAGUGCGAUCUCUAAAACAACCGCCGACGAGAAUCUUGUUAGCGUUAUCGAAUCUGAAAUCGAAUGCGCCGUCGCAGAGGAGGCUCCUCAUGACACUGACUUCUUGGAAGAUAAGCCAGAAGGGUUUCCAUUUGAAAUCAUUGAUAAUUCAGGGGAGAGAACUGUGUUGCUGACAAGGAAAUUUGAGGAUGAAACCAUCCAAGUGGAAGUUGACUCUGUUGCUUCUUAUGAUGAUGAAGAUGAAGAAGAGGAAGCAGAACCAAACAAUGAAGAAGACGAUGAAGAUCAAGAGAGCUCGGGUAAAGUCCGGGUUCCGAUGGUUGUUAGUGUGCAGAAAGGUGAUGGUGUGUGUCUUGAGUUUGGAGUCAGCGCAUACCCGGAUGAGAUUGUGAUUGAUAGUUUAUCGAUCAAACAACCGCAAGGAUCUGAUAAUGACCUUGCUUACGAAGGACCUGACUUUGAUGACUUGGAUGAGAAUUUGCAGAAGGCUUUCCACAGGUACUUGGAGAUCAGAGGUAUUAAACCAAGCUUCACUACCUUUCUGGCAGAUUAUGUGGCCAACAAAGAUAGCAGAGAGUAUCUUCAAUGGCUCAAGGAUCUCAAGUCUUUUGUCGAGAAGUGAAACUGAACUUUGUUCAGAGAAUAAGAGCGAGAUUUCUUUUUGCUUUAAACUUUUGAGUUUAUCUUAGAUGAACUUGAUAUCACCAUGAGCAAUCGUUGAAAGUGAGGUCAUGUGUUAUGCUUGUUAACAAUAUUGCUACAUGUUUUUAAUGGGUUUUUAGGUACUUUGCUAGAUAUAAGAUGCAACUCUUUCGAGUGUCAGUUGGAAAAAAUGUUACGACCUCAAUAAAGUAUAAUUCUUUUGCAUUUUCCCAUUGCCUA